CCCCGACACGGCACACCCACGGUUCACGAUUUUGUCAGUUGACAUGAUUUGCAGUUAAGCCGUAAUAAAAAGGAAAAGGAGGAGAUUCUACGGACGCAACUGGUGCUUGUCUUCAUCAUGAUUAUAAUGGAACCUUCAAUUUCUUGACCCUUCGCCGAAAUUUAGAUCUGUGAUGGAAAUUUUCAAAAAAGCCCAAACCGUCCGGCUAAUGAGCCACCACGACAAAUACCUCUCCGCCGACCGGAAGGACGAAUCGGUUUUCCAAUGCAGGGACGGCUCCACCAAGGCCGCGAAAUGGACCGUGGAAUUCGUCGAAGGGGCCCACUUCGUCCUCCGCCUGAAGAGCUGUUACGGCAGGUACCUGACCGCCACCGACGAGCAGUACCUUCUCGGCGUGACGGGCAGAAAGGUCAUUCAAACGGUACCUAAGAAACUGGACUCGAAGAUCGAAUGGGAACCCGUGAGGGAAGGGAACCUGGUGAAGCUGAAAACAAGGUACGGCAACUUUCUGAGGGCGAAUUCGGGAAUCCCCCCUUGGAGAAACUCAAUCACGCACGACAUUCCUCACAGGCAUCAAGACUGGAUUUUGUGGCAAGUUGAGAUUCUCGAAGUCCGUCCGGACUCGCCGGAAAAGAUCCCUAGAUCAGAUUACGCCGACGAUGACUUGUCCAACUUUAGGCUUGCCUCACCAUCUCUUUCCCAACACUCGCGAGGGGAGUCGGUCGAUGGGAGUGAAGGGCGGGUCAUAUAUUACUAUGUGGCGGAUGAUAACGGGAAUGUUGAGGAUAAUGGGGUUGAAUGGCCAUGCUUCCAUUUUAAAGGGAAUGGUUUGGAGGAAUUGAGUGAGAAGCUGGAGGAAGAGACAGGGCUUGAAGAUGUGAUCGUGUGCAUGCGCAACCCUUUGAAUGGCAAGGUUAUCCCUCUCCGCUUAGCUCUCCCGCCUAACAAUUCUACCAUGCAUGUCGUCGUUCUUCCUUCCUCUUCCAAAGCGGCUAGAGUCUUUCUGCCGGAAAGUUCACUCUCACCAUCUCAUUGUUGAUCAAUGAUCAAUCCAUCCCUCCACGGAUAGCUAGGGUGGUCAUUCAUACUCACAAGAGAGAAGAACAUUCAGAUAGCAUGGGGUUAUUCUUCUAUGAUUUGUUUUUGGGAUAAGGGUCAGAUAGGGCCUCGAACUCGAAAAAAAAAUGUCAAAUAAGGUCAUAUUUUGGAUGCUCUGUCUGGCCGACGCCAUUUGGGGCGGUUCCCGAUGGAAUUUUUUGAUAAAAUUUUUUGAGCAUCUUCCUCAUUAAGUCUAGUUUACCCAUACCAAAUUUCAGCUAAAAACUCAACCGGGAAGGUAGUCAAAUGAGUUUUUGAAGAUAACUGUGAAGUUAAACAACGCCGUACAUUUCGGAAA